UGGUGCACUGUGUUGGAUCUAAAAGGUGCAUUCUUUUGUUUAAGACUGAGCCCUCAGAGCCAAUCCAUCUUUUCUUUUGAGUGGAAAGACUCAGAGACCGGGUUUUCAGGACAACUCACCUGGACAAGGUUGCCUUAAGGAUUUAAAAACUCGCCUACCUUGUUUGAUGAAGCUCUGCACCUAGAUUUGGCCGACUUCCGAGUCAACCAUCCGGACCUGGUCCUCCUGCAAUAUGUGGACGACCUCCUCCUUGCCGCUGAAACUGAGCAGAGCUGCCACUCUCCUCAGCAUUCUCCUCAGCAAUUCAUUGCCCCGGGCACCAACGAGGAGACGACUCCGUAGCAAGGGGAAACAGGAUGGCAGACGAGGCCGCUAGGGCGGCAGCCCUGAGCCAACAGGUGCUCCCGUUAAAGACAAUUGAGCCCACCCAAGUAUCGAGGGAACCACCUUUCCUCUAUUCGGACCAAGACUUAGAUACGAUUCAGCGGCUCGGUGCAGAGUAUGAUGAACAAAUAAGGGUUUGGAGGCUCGGAGAGAAAAUAGUCUUGCCACAUCAAUUGGCUAAAGAAAUAAUUACCAGCCUCCAUCAAUGGACUCAUUUGGGAUACAAAAAGCUAAAAGCAGCCUUACAGGAAGAUAGGCAGUCUUACUACAUCCCCGGACUUGACUCUUUAGCCCAGCAGGUGACUGAAUCCUGUGUUCCGUGUGCCAAGGUAAAUGCCAGACACCUCAAGCUCCCGGAGGGAGCUAGGGUAAGAGGAGACCGACCAGGAAUCAACUGGGAGGUCGAUUUCACUGAGAUAAGGCCGGGCAGUUAUGGGAAUAAGUAUCUUCUAGUUUUUGUAGACACCUUCUCCGGAUGGACUGAGGCAUUCCCCACAAAACGGGAAACCGCCCAGGUGGUCGUCAAGAAGAUCAUAGAGGAGAUCUUCCCCCGGUUCGGCUUGCCUAAGUUACAGGCCCGGUUGAGAGCACUCCAGAUCAUCCAGAACCAGGUCUGGAAACCUCUUGCAGCAGCUUACCAACCCAAGAUGACAACCAUUCCACAUCCUUGA